UCUCCCUCUUUAUCUCUCAUUUCAAAGUUUCAACUGUCUUGAUCAUAAAUAAAUCAUCCUUAAAAAACAAGGAUACUCAAUAUGCUUGGUCUAUUCCAUCACAAACCUCUCUUGAUCGCCAUCACACUUGUUUAUAUCUUUCGAUUAUCUUCAUCUCUCAAGAUUGGAGAAACAUGUUCUACAAGUAACAACAAAUGUGAUUCCGGCUUACGUUGUGGCACGUGCCCGGCAAGCGGGAAUACACGACCAAGAUGCACUCGCAUUCAACCCUUUAGUCCUACUUCUAAGGUAAAUGGGUUGCCAUUUAAUCGGUACACAUGGUUAACAACUCAUAAUUCAUUUGCGGUAUCGGGUACUAAAUCACCAAGUGGGGGCCCGGUCUUAGGACCCGCUAAUCAGGAAGGUGAUGUUGCCUCUCAACUUCGAAAUGGGGUUCGAGGGUUAAUGUUGGACAUGUACGAUUUCAGCAACGAUAUUUGGUUAUGUCACUCCUUCGGCGGUAAAUGCUACAAUAUCACAGCAUAUCAACCGGCGAUCAAUGUGCUACGGGAGAUUGAAAAGUUUUUGCAAGCAAAUCCCUCAGAAAUUAUCACCAUUUUCAUUGAGGACUAUGUGACAUCCCCUAAUGGUUUGACUAAGCUUUUUGAUGCGGCCGGUCUUAAAAAAUACAUGUUUCCUGUUAGUCGUAUGCCUAAAAACGGCGGUGAUUGGCCCACGAUCACAGAUAUGGUUAAGCAAAAUCAACGAUUGAUUGUCUUUACCUCCAAAUCAGCAAAAGAGGCCUCUGAAGGGAUUGCUUAUGAGUGGAAUUACAUUGUUGAAAAUCAAUAUGGAAAUGAAGGGCAGAUUGCGGGUUCUUGUCCUAGUAGAUCAGAAUCAUCUCCAAUGAACACAACAUCGCGAUCUUUGGUCCUUCAAAACUACUUCUCGACUAAUCCCAAUGUCACGGGAGCAUGUAUUGAUAACUCUGCUCCAAUAAUUUCCAUGAUGAACACAUGCCAAAUAGCUGCUGGGAAUCGUUGGCCCAAUUAUAUUGCUGUCGACUUUUACCAGAGGAGUGAUGGUGGAGGAGUAGCAGAAGCGGUCGAUGUAGCCAAUGGUCACAUGACAUGUGGAUGUCUUAACAUUGCCUAUUGCGGGGUGAAUGGGACAUGUAACACACCAUUGCUUUCACCUCCACCGCCAGCUCAACUGUCGCCUGGAGGAGGCUCUGCUGGUUCAAGCAUGGGUUUCUCGAUUCAUGAAGGGGUUUGGUUACAUUGGUUUGUUGGUACCGUUUUCUCUACAUGGAUCUUGCUAUUGUUGUAAAUUUUGCAAUUGGACCUAGGAGUGUUUUUCUCUCCCUGGUUUACUUGUUAAAUUCUUUUUUGUGUGUACUGCGGCUGCAAAUGUGUACAUACAUGUAUACGUUUACUACCAGUUGCUUUUGUUGUAUUGAGGAUUUAUGUUCUGUUAGAUCUAAUCGUUCUACAUGAAACUGAGAUGUAAAUAGUAACAACAGUGAGGCUCUAAGAAGAAUAUGUUGAAUUCGAUUA